GAAGUCUCACCCAUAGACAUAUAAUAUGUCUAUCGUCUCACCCAUAGGCUUACUUCCGCGUUGAGGAAAAAGGUGGAUACAUUUAAUGUAAUUGUUUGGGUCUCUGAGAGUUUAAGCAGAUGCAGGGCAAUCGUUUGCAAUCGUUGUUUCAUUUAGGCUCAUAUCAAGUAGUCUUAAGACGCACAAAGUUUUCCGAGAUUUGGCCAAAGUAAUGCCAUCCCAUGCAUCAGUAUGAGCCAUUGCGUCAUGGACCAUAAUAAUACCCAGACAUCCCCAGAUAAUGCAUUGAUUCAUCCCCCCUCUCUUUAAUCCUUUGUCCUGCUUUCCCCUCCCGGAGUCCAGCACCUGAAUGUGCAACUCUGUGCCGGGUUGCUUAGCGACGUCGAGUGGCGUUCGUGAGCCGAGAGAGCCACUUGUUAAAUCGAGACGUAAUGUAACACUGACGUCUUCCUCCAGCGACCGAUCAGUGAUGCCAACAGGUGUUUUGGCUUUAUUCGUGGCGGAUAUGUGCAUGUAUGCUAUUUAUCGGCAUUUCGGUAAAUUGUUUUUAUAGUGAUCGAGCGCUCAAGUUCUGGAGAGGAGAUGUCAAACUCUCAUAAUCUGCUUUGCUCAGAGUGGCCAGGCGCUCCUUGAACGCAUCAUGAGCCGAGGACUUUGACGGGCCCAAAUCCUAGCUAUCAUGUGAAGGCUUUGGCCUCCUCUUUGACAUUGUGCCAUUAAGCUGCGCUGCCUUACCCAAGGCACUGGACUGUAAAAAUGUCACCACCGGCAUGACCAUCAUUACUUAUUUAAUAUCACUACAUCAGGAGGCAACCUCGCCACCAACAACGAAUUGGCUCCUUGGGCACAAAGGUGCUAUGUUAUUACUGUACACCCUGGGCUUUUAUGCCUCCCGCCUGGUUGCCCCUCAGGGCAGCUUCCCCAGGCUCGAGAACACUGGGGCAUAUAAAUCUGUCAGCACCACGCCAAUGAGGGCCAUGUGUGGAAUUCCUGAGAGAAGUACUUUCUGUCAAGCCGGCCAGGUUCAGGAGGAUCUCCACACCUGUAUCCAGAAGUUCUGCAUCCAGGAGUGUCCGUAUAGCUCCUCUACGCCAGACUACACUGACGUCCUCGCCACAAGCAUGGGCACGUGCUGGAAGGGUGAUGCACAGGACCAUCAUCUAGGCUCUGAGGCUGAUUCCAUCAGCUUCAUCUUUCCGACCUCGAGAGGUUGUCUGGCUUCCCUGUUGACUCUAAACUUUAGCCCACCAAGCUCAUUUACUCUAACGGUGUGGCUGAAACUCGAGCAAGACACUGUAAUGACUUUAAUGGAAAAGAGUGCUGUGGGCUGACUAGUGCUGCUGGUAGUCUCCAAGGAUGACAUUCAGAUCCACUAUAGCAUUCACAGCAAUCAAAACUUCUCCAUAAGCAUGAAGACUGCAGGUCACAUUAGUAUAGGCCACUGGACACACAUGGCUCUACAGAUACAUGACACAAGUGUGAGCUUGUUCCUGAACGGUCAAGAGGAUGAUGGCACAGCUUUGGACACACAAACCUUGGCAGGACCAGUAGAGGACAUCACCUCAGAGGGUGCUCUGUGGAUCGGUAGAAGGUCUAAUGGGUCAAAUCAAUUCAUUGGAAGGAUGCAGGAUUUUAGAUUUUAUCCAAAGACAUUAACCAACAGAGAGAUUGAAGAGGUGUACAAUGGACAAUUCCCUCACCUACACACCCAGUCAUCAUGCCUCUGCCCUGCUAGUCACCCCAGAGUGCACCCCCUAGUGGAGAGUCUAUUCCCUCACCUACACACCAGUGAUACCACCCAUGACAAAGUGCUCCGUCUGAACCAGGAUGCCCACCCACUGCAUUACAUCAAUGACAAUGACAUCGGAACCACCUGGAUCUCCUCCAUCUUUCCUAAUUUAAAGCUGUUGGACAAAUGAAUAACUAUCACUAUAGAUCUGGAGAAUGGACAGUACCAGGUUUUCUACGUGAUACUCCAGUUCCUCAAUGCUCAGCCUGAAGCGGUCCGCAUUCAAAGGAAGACAAUCAGGAGCUCAGUAUGGAAGGACUGGCAGUUUUUGGCCAAGAACUGUAGCUACUUUGGGAUGGAGGAUAACGGGCCUUUAGAUCGUCCUGAUUCUGUAAACUGUCUACAGUUGCUCAGUUAUUUGAGGACCCACAUUGAACCUAAAUACUCUUUUUACAACUGCAAACUUAAUUUUUUUUUUUUGGUCUUUCUUUUGCAUUACACCAAAGAUCCCACGGUUGCUUUCAGUCAUCUAUACGCUGUGGACGAGAUCACCAUCAGCGGCAGGUGUGAGUGCCAUGGCCAUGCAGACAGCUGUGACACUAGUAUGAGUCCGUACCGCUGCGCCUGCCUCCCAGAGAGCCACACACAUGGAGCUAAUUGUGAACGCUGCUCUCCUCUCUUCAAUGACAAACCAUUCAGAGCUGGAGAUCAGGUACAGACGUACAACUGCUGCCCAAGCCAGUGUUACGGCCACGCCUCUUCCUGCCACUACAAUGCCAGUCUGGAUCCUCACCCUGGAGAACACUUCAGAGGAGGUGGAGGGGUGUGUAAUAACUGUACACAUAAUACCACAGGUAACAGCUGUGAACGGUGUCGGAGUCUGUUCUACAGGGAUGUUGGUGCACUCCUGUGGGCCAAGGACGUGUGCAAAGCAUGUGAGUGCCACAGCGCUGGGACCGUCAAUGGCAGUUCAGAGUGUGAGCCGAUCGGGGGGCAGUGUAAGUGCAAGCGACAUGUGUCUGGCAGACAGUGCAAUCAGUGCCAACACGGAUUCUACAAGCUGCAGUCAGUGCUGGCUGACGGCUGCCGCGCCUGUAACUGCAAUACCGCCGGGACCGUGCAGCCAGAUAUUACCUGUCACCAGGACUCAGGUCAAUGCCAGUGCAAGGCAAACGUAAUCGGUCUAACCUGUGACCAUUGUAACUAUGGCUUCAAAUUCCUCAAUCGCACAGAUCCCGAUGGCUGCAUUCCCUGUGGCUGCGACCCACGGGGUUCUCUAUACCAAUUCUGUAAUCCUUUCACCGGCCAGUGCGAGUGCAAAGAUGGGGUACAAGGCUUCUUCUGUGACACAUGCAUCCCUCACUUCUACAGUCUGAACUGUAGUGGAGUCUGCCUGCCCUGCAACUGCAGUCCAAACGGAUCCGUUUCUGGUACCUCCUGUGCUGCCAACGCCACGCAUGAAUGUCAACCAUGUCACUGUGACCACAUGGGCACUGUGCCUGCAACCGUGUGCGACCCUGUUAGUGGUCAAUGAGUCUGCCUGCCCACGCGCUACGGCAGAGACUGUGGAACCUGUAAACCAGGUUUCUUCCUGCCUGAGGAGGGGCUCAGCGAGUGUGAAGUGUGUGAAUGUCACUCGGUCGGAGCAGUGGGGCAGGUGUGUGUGUUCGGAGGUUUGUGUGUGUGCCAGGAUCUCUUCUUUGGCUUUAAUCCAAGUGUUGGCAGGUGUGAGCCGUGUGGAUGUGAUCCUGUCGGGGGAUUUGAUGGCACGUGCCACCCCCAGACAGGGCACUGUAUGUGCAAGCCUUAUGUGACUGGAGAAUGUGACAUCUGUGUGGAGAGAGCCAAUCACAUGGAUCCAAACAACUACCUGGGCUGCAGUAAAGAUCCCCAGCAGCAGCCUUCUCCCCUCGGCCGGGUUCUGAACUCCACGGCUAUAGAGCUGAGCAGGAUGGAGAGCAAUGAACUGAUGUACACAGUGCUUCCAGACUCAGAGAUCAUCCACAUCAGCCACAGCCAGCACCCAUUCAAAACUAUGCAUUACACAGAUGCAGAUUUGUCUCCUUACACGGCAUACUCUUACCAGCUCAUCACCAGUAAUAUCCGUGCUAACACCAGCAGUGCCGCGGUCAGCUUACGCACUCUGUCUGCUGUACCUGAGCAAGAAGAACUCCAAUUAACCCUUGUGGGUCGAGCCAAGCCCACCAGUGCCUCCUUUAACUGGACGGAGCCUUUGAACACCACAGGUUCAGUGGACAGCUUUACCCUGAGUUCGAUACAUGAUCUAACCGGAGAAGAGAGAAUCUACUACACAGGACUUCAAACAGAGGCUACCGCUGAGGAGCUGCAACACUUUACUCGAUACAACUUUGGUCUGCAUGCUUGCACUAAUGGAGACUGCACUCGCAACAAGAGUCUGAUCAUACUUAUCGCUCAGAUACCUCCUCAGCAGCAGCCUACACCCACAAUCACAACCUUAGGGUCCUCUCAACUCAAAGUGGACUGGGAACCUCCAGUGUUACCUAAUGGUAUAAUUAACAGGUAUGAGCUUUUUAUACAGCUGCUGAAUGAGUCGUAGAGAAAUGCCACCAGUUACGGUCCAGAGCGAAGGGUUUUCCUCAGUAGUGGCUGGCUGAACCCACGGCCAUCAAUGAGUUCGGCCAGUGAGAACUUUUACAUGCCCUCUCCUCGUGUGUCCCCAGUGUCCUCGUCCUCACUCAGAGUGAGCUGAGAGAUGCCACAGGACAAAGACGUCAGGGGCGAAGUGACUGAGUAUAGAGUCAACCUUCACCAAGAACAAAUGUCCAACCCAUAUGCUCCACCUAUAGUAACACAGGUAUCCAUUUCAGCACAUUCAACUUUUUUUAUAUAUUUGGCGGGAGGACUGAAGGCCUAUGAGGAGUACAGUUUUACAGUUACUGUGUGCAACAGACAGGGAUGCGUUUGCAGUCCACCUGCGUCAGGCCACACUCGGCCCUCUGCUCUGGCAGGUCUGAGGGCCCCUGCAUUAAGGCCGCUGAAUAUGACUGCGAUGAAGGUUUCCUGGGAUGCCCCGGCCGAGCUCAACGGGCCUCCACCUCUGUACCAUGUGGAAUGGAGAGAUGUGUCUUUGUCUGAUGCUCAGGGUCAGGUUAUAAGUGGGAGACGCUUCACAGGGAGUGGCUACUUCAGAUUUCCCAGCUCUACUUUGCCUGUCAACACUGACUUCACAGGCCUGCAGCUGAGUUUCCGGACACGUGUCGAGGAGGGGCUAUUGCUGUUUCUGGUUUCCCCUGGAGAACAGGAAGAGUAUGUCGCUCUGCAAAUAAACAAAAUCCAUCCAUACUUCCUCUUUGACCCUCAGGCCUCAGCCGUGGCCCUCAGCCCUCGCAACGAUGGAGGUAGAUGCUAUAAUGACAAGCAGUGGCACCAUCUGAUCGCUACCAGGAAACAGGCCGUGGGAACAAUCAUUGUCGACAAUCAAUACAGCAGAUCGGCAUCAGCUAGAGGCACCAUCAUCGGUCAGAACACGGAUGUUUUCAUAGGAGGGAUUCCGGAGAAUUUCACCAUUUUUAGACCAGAUGCUGGUCCAGCCAAACUGGUGCAGCAGGGGUUUGCUGGGUGUUUGAGGGAUGUGAUGGUGCAGAAAUCCAGUGGCACUAAUGAUGCAUGGGAGCCUCUGGACUAGGACACAACACUUGAAAAACAUGAGACCUAUGAAAGCUGGGAGGGCUGUCUUGCUGUCUCAGAAGAUGGGACGUACUUCCUGGGACAUGGUACUUCCUACUUUAGAGUCAAGCCUGAAAUAUUCACUGGUGGAGAUUAUGUUGAAAUAUCAUUUGAGUUCAAAACUGAUCAGCUAAAUGCAAUGCUGUUGUUCGCUUAUGAUAUACAGGAUGGGAAAGAUUACAUUUUGGUAAGUUUGCUUAAAUCUAAUCUAAGUUUCCUUGCAUUUACUUUAGUGCAAUUAUAAUUAUUUGAUACAUUUAGAUUUCCUGACUUAAAAUUACAAUUUAUGCUUGCUAAAAUACUCAAUGACGUAUAUCAACAGGACAGAAAGGGCCCUCUGACCAUCAGCUCUCCACUCUAUCUAGGGGAAUUCCCACCUGGAGUAAAGCACCCAACCCCGAACAAACACAGCCUUCUGCACGGUUUUGGCGGCUGCAUCAGGGAUGUUAGAUUCGCACGCGGGCCUGUCGUAAGCUUGGCGGCCGUGUCCAGCAGUGCUGUCAGAGUCAAUCUGGAUGGAUGCCUGUCAGCUGACACCAGCGUUAACUGCAGGGGAAACGACUCCAUUCUGGUGUACACGGGCAGAGACAGGAGCGCAGAGGACCUGACACUGCAGCCCUUCACGGAGUAUUUGUACAGAGUGAUGGCAUCAGAAGGAGGUUGGACAGCAGGGCCGUGGCAUUGGGGGCGCAGCAGAGAGACUGUUCCACAAAGUGUGCUGCCUCCCUCCAGAGUUGGGAGUGUAAAUGGUUCCAGUGUGGAGGUGAGCUGGGAGGAGCCGACGGAGGUCAGAGGUGUAAUUGAGAAGUACGUACUGAAAGCGUACAGCCGGGACCGUCCCUCCUCACCCCCCAUCAGCACUACCUUCCCCCACUCUCUGCACCUGACAGGCACUUUAAGUGGCUUGGCUCCUUUUAGCAGCUACAGUAUUACCCUAACGGCGUGCACUCAGGCCGGGUGCAGAGAGAACCCGUUCGCCACCGGCUUCAGCACUCCACAAGAGGCUCCAGAGGAGGUUCCUUCCCCUGCUGCAAUCUCUUUCCCCAACUCUCUGUCUGUCCACUGGGACAAACCCAAUGGCAUCAUCACCAGAUACACAUUCUACAAAGACAAUACUGUUGUGUACCAAGGCAACAUGGCCAGCUUCAAUAUCACAGGUGUUGGUGUAUUCACUCCUCAUAAAUUGAUGUUGAGUGCCUGUACUGAGGCAGGAUGCACCAACAGUUCCCAGGUUACCCUGUUCACAGGUCAGUUGCCUCCCACAUAUGUAGAAGCAUGUGUAGGGCAUGUACUCAGUGUUUUGUCUCUGGUGUUCUUCAGGUGGGCUGCUCCAAUGGAGGUGAACGGCCUGCUGGAGUUCUACACGCUGUACCAGUCUGCCUUAGGAGGAGAGCCGGCCGUCAUCAAUAACAGCUCUGAGCUUUUUGAGGAUUAUACAGUGCGGAACCUCGUCCCUGGAUCAACCUACCUGUUUCAGAUAGCAGCUUGCACAGGAGGUGGAUGUACCCUCAGUGACCCCAGCGUCGCCCACACUGAGGAGAGUUCACCGGAGGAAGUGCCUGCCCCCAACAUCCUGUCACUCUCCCCACAUUCCCUCAAUGUGUCCUGGACCCCCCCUCGCAAGCCCAACGGUGUGAUUAGCAGUUAUGGUCUUUGGAUGGAUGGCAUUCUGGUGCAGAAUUUGUUCCUUAUGGGCUUCGAGGUCGGUGAUCUGUCCCCAUGGAGCCUCCACAGCUUCCGUGUGCAGGCCUGCACGGCUCAGGGCUGCGCUCUGGGGCCCCUGGUGGAAGGCAGGACUUCAGAGAUGCUUCCCGAUGGUCACAUGACCCUGUAUGUCCUCAGAGAAACUCCACAUUCAGCGCAAGCCAAGUGGGAGGCCCCAGCUAAACCCAACGGCAACCUGACCUACACAGUUCUCUUCACCGGGCCAGGUCAGAACUUUAACAGUUUUGAAACGCCAGACACAGAGACGAGAGAACUGCUCAGCACUGGUCAAAAGGGCCAGUGGGUGUCCAUAGGAGGACUGCUGCCGUAUUCUAAUUACACUGUGCUGGUGAAGGCCUGUAACACUCCAGAUGGCCUCCUGUCCCCCAGGCUGGCAGCUGCCACCCCCACCUCGCUGCAGGUGGCCUGAGCUGCUCCAGCACGUCACAAUGCUCCUGGACCUCUGCGCUACCGGCUCCAGAUGAGAACUUCAGCUUCCCACAAGUUAAUGGACGAUGAGACGACUGUAUUUAGUCACAUGGUUAAGGACCUUGAACCCUAGUAUCACUUCAGACUCCUGGUGUCCAGCAGCCCAUGGGUCUUUUUUACCGCACAAGACAGGCCUGGAUCUGUUGACCCACCUGUACUCUCUGACAUCCAACCCAGAAGUGCUUCUGUCUCCUUGUCUCCUCCAUCUCAGCCCAACGGCAUCAUCACCCAUUAUAACAUCUACCAAAAUCACCAGUUAAGUGCCAAUGUGCCAGGAAACAGCACCAGCCACACUCUUUUUCAGCUUACACCCUAUCAGCAAUACACCAUACAGGUGGAGGCUUGCACAGCAGCCAGCUGCACUCUUUCCUCACACACAAUUUACCCCUCCAGCCCCCCAGAGGACGUCCCAGCCCCGCAGCUUUAUUCAGACACCCCCAACUCAGUGCUCUUGUCCUGGGCCCCACCACAUCAUGCCAACAGUGAACUGGACGGCUACACCAUUGAGAGGAGCGUCAUUGGCACACAACAGAUUUCUACUGUGGCCACUUUGCAGCCCAACCAGACUCUUCUUACUUAUCUAGACAGCUUUGCCAAUAGCAGUGAGUGGGAGAAAGUGACCACUAGACCUUUAAGACCUGCAGGACUGCAGCCACCUCAUGUUCUGGUUUUGGGACCAGAGUCAAUGCAGGUUACAUGGACCGCUCCACUCAUACCCAAUGGAGAAGUUGAGCGGUACGAGAUCCACAUGCCUGAUCCACGUAUCUCGCACACCAAUACAUCUGUGCUCAACCAUACAGUUACCAGCCUGCUGCCCUACACCAACUACAGCAUCAUCAUCCUCACCUGCUCAGGAGGUGGAGGCCAUAUCAGAGGCUGCACUGAGAACCUUCCAACAUGGGUAACUACAUUACCCACAAUCCCAGAAGGUCUGCCAUCCCUGUCAGUAGUGGCAAUCAGUGAAUCUUUCCUGGCUGUUUCAUGGCAACUCCCAUCAAGGCCGAAUGGGCCCAACAUAAGAUUUGAGCUGUUGAGACGGAAAACCCAGCAGCCCCUGGCCUCCCGUCCCCCUGAAGAUUUGAAUCUGUGGUACAAUGUUUACGCAGGAACCAAAUUGUUUCAUGAAGAUAAAGGCCUUAGCAGGUACACAUGGUACGAAUACAAACUUCUGGUUCACAAUGAUGUUGGCUAUGCUUCAGCGGAGGUUGUCACAGGGGUCACACUGCCUGGGCAACCCCUCAGCCAAACCAACAUAUUCAUCCAAGUUCUCAAUCAUACAGCAAUCCUAGUCAGCUGGUCCACCCCAGCGCUGCAAGAUUUGCAGGGAAGUGUGGAGGACUACAUCCUUACUGUGUCAACCCAGCACAGGGAGAAUCUUGCGUUUGAGCCCACUGUGACCUCUGUGGUCAUCUCUGACCUGCAGCCCAGCACUGAGUACAAGCUCUUCUUGACUGUAUCCAACGGCGCUCACAACAUUACCAGUCCUGAGGUCAGUUGCACUACUACAGAUGGAGCUUUCUGCAAUGUUCCUUCAGGCAGCAAACUGCACCGCCAGAUAUCAGUUAAACUAGAAUGGACGUCACCUGCUAAGCCCAAUGGCAUUCUGGGAGGAUAUGACGUGUGGCGGACUCUGCAGCAGUGCGAGAAGCUGCAGACCCAGCAGGCAUAUGCUCCUCAGGCUCACUGCUCGUACCUGGAGUGCCCUGCAGAACAAGACUGCUAUAAGCCUGAGACACAGGUAUGCUGUGCAGGGACUGUUCACAGUCUAAAUCAUUCUCAUCAGUGUUGUGAAGAGAGUUAUGUUCGCUCUGGGAGUGUGUGUUGUGGAGGUCAGUUUGUCCAGCCUCUGUCUCAACACCAGUGUUGUGGAGGAUAUUACGUACUUGUCCCCGAUGGAGAGGUCUGUUGUCCGGACUCUGUGGAACGGUGUGUAUCUGUAGGUCUCGGGGACUCAUGCUGUGGUGGGAGUCCUUUCAUGUCUGGAGCCGGGCAGAUCUGCUGUGGGGGGCGUCUUUAUGAUGGCUUCAGCUCCCAGUACUGUGGAGGACAGCUAGUUCCUAGAGAGACGUGUUCUGACCAAGGGAUGCCCCAUAAACAUGUAUCAGGAUUCAUCUGCUGUGGAGAGCAUAACACAUCCACUUCCUGGUGCUGCAUGGGUCCCGGCAUAGAGUCUAAAGUCCACGUGCUGGAGAACAGGACGGCGUCGCUGAAGUGCUGCUGGUCAGAGGUGAUUGAUCAGGAGGAAGAGUAUAGUAAUGGAGUGGUCUUCAAUCCGCUCACAUCUGUGUGUGCUGACAGAGCCCCGGCCAGCAUCCUCAUCCCGGAGAAAUGUCGCCCCAGUACAGUGUGUCCUGUGUCGGUGGCCACAGGAACUUACUGGGCUUGUGUGAUUUUUAGCCUGCUACAGUCCAUCUGUACAUGGGUACCAGGCGAGCCGGUCCCUGCGCAUGUUCCAUCUCCCUCUGCUACUGCUGCCACCCAAACAGAAGGUCCUUCUGCAGCUACCCACAGACAGUUCUGCCCAUCCUCAGAGGAGCUGAUAUACAGUGGAGUGGCAAACCAAUACAGUUUAACAGACUCUGAACUGGACCCUUACACCAGUUAUGAGUGUAGAAUUGGAGCCUGGAACAGCUUUGGCCGUGGGUUCAGUCCAUUCUCUUGUGUCACUACUAAAGAAGAUGCACCUUGGGGUGUGUCUCCUCCUCACUGGAGCCAUGUGGGUCUGCGUGAUGACAUCAUCCAACUUCAAUGGUCAGCUCCAAACAAGCACAAUGGUGAGAUAAGUCACUAUUUGAUCCUGCAUGAUGGACAGGAGCGCUACCGUGGCACUGAUCAUAGCUUCACUGAUGCAGGAGGAAUCCAACCUUUUCAGGAGUAUGUGUACCAACUCAGGUGCACAGACAGUUCAAAAGUUGUGGCAGUGACUGUCCAGGGGGAGCCAGAGAGAAUCGCUGCUCUGGUGGUGAGCGCGUUGGGGCCCGGGGCCCUGAAGAUCAGCUGGGCGGUUCCAGCCAAACAGAAUGGUAUCAUCCGAGAGUACCACAUCAAUCAGAGUGGCGUUGGAGUCAUCCACACACAUACAGAGGGGGAGAGGGCUUACAAUGUCACAGGUCUGGAGUCUCAUACCAACUAUGGCUUCAUUGUUGUUGCAUGCACUGCAGCUGGUUGCGGAGCAAGUAAGCCAUCUAUGGGCCACAUGCUAGAAGAUGCACCAGCAGAUGUUUGGGCAGUGCCCAGGCAUAUCCAGGUGAACUCCUCAGCAGUGGAGCUUUACUGGAGCCAGCCGCUCAAACCCAAUGGCCUGCUCUCUCACUAUCAGCUGCUGCGUGACGGAGUGGUCGUCUUCACCGGUGACGGAGGAAAGAUGAGCUACACAGACACUGGCCUUCAGCCCAACACCAGAUAUGUGUACGAGUUGGAGGCCAGCACCAGCAGCGGGAGCAGUCUCAGUGAUAGAUACGUCAUUCAGACCCCCGUCUCCUCCGCGGAAAGGAUUCCUCUUCCGUAUAAUGUCAGCCUCCACGGCCCUCGCUCCGUCUUUGUUGCCUGGUCACCCCCAGGUGUGUAUAAUGCAAGUGCCCCUUUGGAAUAUAACGUCCUGCUCAAUGCAGGUACUGAGCAGACCCUCAUCCGCCCUGCAGGACCAGAGCACUCCCUGUUACUGGAAGGAUUGGAUCCCUACACCAUCUACCACAUUCAAGUACAGGCCUGUCAGCCAGAUGGUUGUGGUGUAGGACAGGGGGUGUCUGUUCAGACCCCUGAGGCCUGUGAGCCGCCACACAAACCCAAUGGCCUCAUCACUAAUUAUUUCAUAUACAGACGACCAAUUGGAACUCAAGAGGAACUGCUGGUGUUCAUCUGGACUGAAGGUCCACUAGAGUUCAUCGAUGCUUCAGAUUCCCUUCUACCAUUCAGUGAUUCAGGCGGUCUCGUAUCAAUAAUAAUGGUAAUAUUGCUAUGUUAUAACUAUUUGUAUUUGUUUAUUUUGUAAGCUUGCACUAAAGCAGGCUGUACAAGGACUGCACCUCAACUCGUAACCACCGAAGAAGCUGGCCCAUCCUCUCAACCAUCUCCUACGGUACAGCAGGUCCAAUCCCACAGUGUGGAGCUCUGCUGGUCUCCACCCACCCAGCCCAACAGCAGGAUCCUGCAGUACCAGGUUCUGGCUGUAAGUCUAAAGGAUGGCAGGGUACGGAGUGAUGAAGAUGGCUCGAUGAGAGCCAAGAUUGCGUUCAUCCAGAACAACACCCAGGCUAACAGCUUCUGCUGUAAUAUGUCUGGCCUUCUGCCCUGGAGCAGGUACAAGUUUCAAGUGUGUGUUUCAAAUGCGGCAGGAUAUACCGACAGCCCGUGGCUCACAGUUCAAACCAAACAAACUCCUCCAGUUGUCAGUCUUGUAGAGGGCAAGACUAAUUAAGUCUUUGUUGCUUGGACUCCUCCUUUGGAGCCCAAUGGUGUUCUUCUGACCUAUAGGAUUCAGAGGGACAACAUUGGCUUCCAUUUCAGCUUAGAUUCAAGUGUGUUCAGCUGCACUGAUGUGGAUUUAAUAGCGUACACUCUCUACAGUUACACAGUCAUUGCCUGCACAGUGGCUGGGUGUGUUACCAGUGAGCCGACGCAGAUCAGGAUGUUAGAAGCCACCCCUGCCAAAAUAGAGCCACCUAUGGUGUCUGAUGUCACUUUCUAUUCACUCAAUGUGUCGUGGACUGUUCCAUCCAUCCAGAAUGGUGAGAUUGUGGUGUAUAUUCUUAAAAUGAACAAUGAGGAGGUCUACCGAGGGAAAAAGUUAAGUGCACAGGUUUUGGAUCUACAGCCACAUGUCUCCUACAUCCUCGUCUUGAUGGCUUGCACCAAUGGUGGCUGCACUGCCAGUUCACCCACUUCCGUCCAGACAAGAGAAGCACCACCCUCAGGGAUGCCCACCCCAACUCUUAAAGUCACAGGCCCUGAAUCGGUUAAGGUCACGUGGAGAGAGCCCAUUAAACCCAAUGGAGUAAUCAUAGGGUACAAGCUCCGUCGAAAUGGGAGCCUCAUUUACACUGGCAUGGACACCCGUUACCACGACUUCACCUUACUUCCAAGCGUUGAGUACAGCUACACCAUUACUGACAAUAACAGUCAAGGCACCAUUACCAGUCCACCUACAGUGGCCAGAACACAGCCGUCAGCGCCCUCUGGUGUGGCUCCACCCAGACUGCAGGUUCUGGGGCCAUUCAGCAUUAUGGUGCAUUGGGACCCCCCUGCACGACCAAAUGGGGUAACAAUAGCUAAACGGGACCCAGCUGAGCCCAACAUGAAACAUCAUCACAGUGUGUUUCAAAGCCAAAGUUUCUCCCUUACUGCACUAAAGCCCUAAUACAGAUAUGAGGUAAGAGUGGAGGCAUGCACCCUUUUCGGCUGCGCUGCUAGAGAUUGGUCUUCAGUACAGACGCUUGAGUCGCCUCCUGCUGGACAUCCUGCCCCGCUGCUGGAGCUGCAUACUAACCCUAAGGGCAUACAGACAGUCUUUCUGCUGUCCUGGCCUUCUCCAGCUGAGCGGAAUGUGAAACUUUUGCACUACGAGCUGUACCGAAAACACUCUUUAGACACGGAAAGCUGAUCUGUAACCACACUGGUCUACCGCAACUCUUCAACCUCCUGCCACGAUGACAAACUCCUGCCCUACACAGCCUACAAAUACCAGGUGUGGGCUGUAAACUCAAAAGCAGGUCGUGCUGGUAGCCCUUGGGCUCAAGGUCACACAGGUCCAGCUCCUCCAGAGGGGUUGAGCCCGCCUAAAUUCCUGCACGUCCACGUCACCUCAGCUGUGGUGGAUGUCAGCCCACCCAACAAGCCAAAUGGCAUUGUCAGCCUCUAUAGAGUCUUCACACAAAACAAAGACUCAUACCAGCUGCUGUCUGAGGGGACGUCCCACCAGCAGACUCUCCACAGUCUUAGGCCCUUCACUGUGUAUUCUGUAGGUGUGGAGGCCUGCACCUGUUUCCUGUGCUGCAGCCGAGGUCCCUUAACUGAGCUCCGCACCCAGGCCUCUGCCCCGGCCCAGCAGCCCCCACCACGUCUAGUCGCCCUCACCUCUUGCUCAGCUCUGGUGGACUGGGACAUGCCUCUUCAGCCCAAUGGCAUCACUGAAAGCUGUGAGCUCCAUGUGCGAUCAUCCUGUCUGCCGCUGCAGCCUGUCCCUGUAAGCUGUGUCAGCGGCCCUGUGGAAAUCACAUUCCUUGGACUGGGGCAGAGCUUCAACAUCACUGGCCUACUGCCCUAUGCCAGCUAUGAACUGUGUGUAGUGUCUUACAAUAACAUGGGCAGCAGUGUCUCCAUCAACACACUCAACGAACCUCCUCAGUAUAAGGAGCCAUUUGUGGUGCACAGUAACCUUACCACAGUGUUUGUGGACUGGAGCGUCUCUUUCUGUCUGAACGGGCCUCUGAGAGAAUACAGCCUAACCGAGAAUGACCUGCGCAUCUACAGCGGCUUCCACAGCUUACUGCACAUCCCACGCACCUCUGAUAAAACUCAGUGUUUCCUUUGCAUUUCAACCACUGACAGCGGCAGCGCCAGUUCUCCUGUCAUUAAAUACAGCAGGUCCACUGGUAUAGAUGCCGUGGAGUCGAGCUCUGGAGGUAAAACAGGUUUGUAUGGGGCUGAAUACAAGUUCUGUACAGAGUUGUGGUUCAUCAUUCUCAUGGCGUUCCUGGGGCUGCUGCUGCUGGCUCAGUUAACGGGUCUGGUGCUGAGAAGAGUCCUAAGCAAGCCCCCCUUCAUCAGGGAGAGACCACCAAUAGUGCCCCUUCAGAGGAGAAGUACCAAGUAUCCACCUAAUGACACCUAUCUGGAGCAAACCACAGCUUUCAGGCCAGCAUGUCUGUGCUGCGUGUUCCCAGCCAGAGCCAGCUCAGCCGUGCCUAUUCCCAGAAUUCCAUUGGAGUGUUAGUCAGCUGAUCAACACGCAGGAUAAGAAGUCUCUGGGUGGUGGAGCGUGAGACGCUGACCUACACGGCACUGACAGCAGCAUGGUAAGAUGAUGAUGCUGUGGAAUCAGCAUUUAUUAGAAUGAUUUGAUCAUGUAACACUGAAGCCUGGAGUAACGACUGCUGAAAAUUCAGCUUUGCUAUCACAGGAAUAAAUAACAUUUUAAAAUGCAU